GAGCGUCGGAGCCUGUGGGGCCUCCGUGUCCGGGCCCGGGUCCCCUCCGACCCCCCGACCGACCCCCGCCACCGACCCGCUAUACAGCCAUCCCUUUCCAACUUCAGCUACAGUGCUAGCUAAGUUUGGAAAGACCCACACUGCGCAACCCGUUCGGCCGAGCCCCGUGCCACCCGUGCCAGCCUCGCCAGCCUCGCCAGCCGGGCCCGGAGUCCCGCCGCCCAGGAGCCACGCUGAGCGCGUUUGAUUUUGCACAGCUCUGGCAGGGAUUUUUCCUGGUCCUACCUCAAGCGCCCUGCCCUCCGGCCUCUGCCCUCCGGCCUCUGCCCUCCGGCCGCUGCCCUCCGGCCGCUGCCCUCCGGCCGCUGCCCCCGGCCGCACCAGCAGCGCCCGCACGGGGCACUCGGGCCCGCGGCGCCCCCCACCCCAGCGCGUCCCGCCCGCGCCCCCCGAGCCCCCGACCCUUAGGGACCAGGGGGCGACUCCCUCCGCCGGGGCCAUGGCCAAGGCAGCGGGCAGCACCAACCAGCGAGGCUGCCGUGGGUCCCUGGGCACCUACCUCACCUCUGCCAAGUUUCUGCUCUACAUGGGGCAUGCACUGUCGACUUGGGGAGACCGUAUGUGGCAUUUCGCUGUGUCUGUAUUCCUGGUGGAGCUGUAUGGGAACAACCUGCUUCUGACGGCCGUCUAUGGGCUGGUGGUGGCCGGCUCCGUCCUCCUGCUCGGGGCCAUCAUCGGCGACUGGGUGGACAGGAACCCCCGCCUGAAAGUGGCGCAGACAUCCCUGAUCGUCCAGAACACCUCGGUCAUCGUGUGCGGGAUCAUCCUCAUGGUGGUUUUCUUGUUCAAGACGCAGCUUCUGUCCAUGUACCACGGCUGGGUCCUGACGGCCUGCUACAUCCUGAUCAUCAGCAUUGCCAACGUCGCCAACCUCGCCAGCACCGCCACCAACAUCACCAUUCAGAGGGACUGGAUCGUGGUUGUAGCCGGGGAAGACAGGAGCCGGCUGGCAGACAUGAACGCCACCGUGCGCAGGAUUGACCAGCUGACCAACAUCCUGGCCCCGUUGGCCGUCGGGCAGAUCAUGACGUACGGCUCCCCUGUGAUUGGCUGUGGCUUCAUUUCCGGCUGGAACCUGAUGUCUGUGUGUGUGGAGUACCUCCUGCUCCGCCAGGUUUACCAGAAGACCCCGGCCCUGGCUCUCAAGACCAUGCCCAAGGCCGAGGAGGCGGAGCUGAAGCAGCUGACCCCGCAGAAAGACUGCAAGACCAGGCCCCCGGAGGUGUUGCAACUGAUGGGCGAGCAGGACCAGCGGACCCUCGAGCCCGAGGUGGAGCCGAGCUGCGGGGCCCAGAUCAUGGAGCCGUUCCGCACGCUGGGUGCCGGCUGGGCCUCCUACUACCGGCAGCCGAUAUUCCUGGCCGGCCUGGCCCUGUCCUUCCUCUACAUGACCGUUCUGGGUUUCGACUGCAUCACCACCGGCUACGCCUACACGCAGGGACUGAGCAGCUCGGCGCUCAGCCUCCUGAUGGGUGCCUCGGCCAUCACGGGCAUCGGGGGCACCGUGGCCUUCACGUGGCUGCGGCGCCGCUGCGGGCUGGUACGCACUGGCCUGAUCUCGGGAGCGGCCCAGCUGGCCUGCCUGAGCCUGUGCGUGCUAUCCGUCUUCAUGCCCGGCAGCCCCCUGGACCUCACGGUGUCGCCAUUCCAGUACAUCGGUUCCCGCUCCUUCCAGAAGGAGGCCCCAACCACGCUGGCCCCCCUGAUGACGACCCCCAACGGGCUCUUAUGGCGCAACAGCUCCGACCUUCCUAGCCCCACCCCUCAGGCCAGCCCCCAGCCCGUAUCUUUCAUCUCCGUCAGCCUGCUGUUUGCGGGCGUCAUUGCUGCUCGAAUCGGCCUCUGGUCCUUUGAUUUGACCGUGACCCAGCUGCUACAAGAGAAUGUGGUGGAGUCUGAGCGCGGCGUGAUCAACGGCGUCCAGAACUCCAUGAAUUACCUCCUCGACCUCCUGCACUUCAUCAUGGUCAUCCUGGCCCCCAACCCCGAAGCCUUCGGCCUCCUCGUGCUCAUCUCUGUCUCAUUCGUGGCCAUGGGCCACACCAUGUAUUUCCGGUUCGCUCAGAAAACCCUGGGGCCGCAGCUGCUCCGCUGCCGCUCCCCCGAGACCAAGUCCGUCUCUGAUGAAAACCCGCCCGGCCCCUCCUCGGUGGUCUGAGUGCGAGGGCCCAGCUGGCCCCCCCACAUACGCCCCCACCCCCUCCGGCUCCCGCUGGUUCCCGGGUGGCCGGCCGGCGGUCAUCUGCGCUCUAAAAAAACAUCCCGCUGCUACUGCCGCUCUCGCCCUCACCCCUUCCCCCAAUACCAAGGCGUUUCCUUCUGGUUUAGCCCGGCCUCAUCUGAGGGUGAGUGUUGGGCACGGAGAAUGGUGAGGGAUCCAGGCCGGAUGGGCUCCCUGCUGCUGGGGCUCGGUCCUUCCGGAAGUGGCCCUCGGGGAGGUGGUCCAGGUCCCUCCCGGUGGGAGGGUCUGCUUCAGGCGAAAGGGGUAGCUCCCCGUGGGUAGGUGGGCGGAUGGACGGGCCCCCGCUCUCUGCCCUCGAGAGGGGCUCCCCCAUCUCUCCCUGCGCCCCUCCCGGGGCUCUGACCUCACGCCGUUUCUGGGCUGCGGCUGGGCCAGCUUGGGCCGGUUCCAGUCUGGAGACGAGCGUGGGCUCUCGCCUGCUCCCCACCGCUGGCCAGCGGGCCCCAGUGUUAGUGUAGUGAUGGCGCGGGGCAGCGAGCCCGGGUGUCGGGGAUGACUGGGCCCCUAGCUGAGUUGGGGGAGGAUGGGGGCGUCCCGAUCUGAUGGUAGAGAAAACACCUUGGUAUUUCCACCGUGCUGACCUUCCCCCAGCCAGCAUCUUCCCGCUCACACAGCCCUCGCACCCUCACGGAAGCUGCCGAGAAGUAGCAAUUUAUAACGUAGCAUUCUCUUCCCCCGUGCCUAACUCUCCCACGAGACUCCCUACCGCUGCCCAGCAUCCUCGUGCCAGGCGAGUUCUCCGCGUGCCAGGCUGACCAGCUUGGGGGGUGCACAUGGGCUGCCCUGGCACAGGCACCCCCGCCAACUUCGCCCUGCGAUAGGAACCACCACACACACACAAACAUACACACACACAAAUGCAUACAUGCUCUCACACCAGCAAGGGAAUUAGAGGGUCAGAAAGCCAACUGGGAAAUCUUGUUUUUUAAAUCUCUGGACAUGUGUUUAGGCGACAUCAUUGUCUUUUCUCUGUUGUGACCCGCAACAUUUCCUGUUUUUCAAUCUCCGGUCAGCGGGGCCAGUUCCCUGAGCGGCCCAUGGGGGCUGGGGGUGGGGAGUUGGUCCGGGUCCCUUUCCCGGGCCCCGGUCCCAGGCGGCCACCACUCCAACCAUCCACGCACUUUCACAGAGACGGUGCAGCGCCAUGUCUCUCUGAGCACUUUCUCUUCCUGUAAAGUUUAACCCUUUCCGUCUUCCUCCUCCUCCUCCUCCUGUUUCCUACAGCAUGACAGUGUGAUUUGCUUCGUUGUCAAAUCUUUGUAAAAUUUUUCUAUAUAAAGAUAUUUUUAAAAUCUUGA